CAUACACUUACUCAAUGUUUAUUUAGAACAUAAAAAAAAAUUUAGUAUAUAAGAACUUUUUGGCUCAUAAUAAUGAAUAGUUAUACUAAAUUUAAAGUCCCCAAGCUGUUGUCAAACUGGACCCAGAAUGUUGAUCGGCUUAAAAGUACGAGCAAGCAAACUAAUAACGGAAGAUCAUCAAAAAAUACUGAUGUAAAUAAGUGUUCCACAGAUGAUUUGAAUAUGAAUUGCUUUGCCUGUGGCACCAAUGCAAAAUAUAUGGAGUACUUAUUUUCAAAAUGGGUGAAAGAUGAAACUUCUGUUCAUGUGUCGUGGCACAAAUACUUUGCCGGCAUUUUCCCUAAGAGCGAUGAAGAAGACAAUCGGGCUAAAGCAUUUCCUGGAGCUCUAUCUGAUCUUUUUAAACUGGAGGAAGACAAAAAAUAACACUCAUCCCACAUGACUUUACCUUCUGCACGCUUACCUUUAAGAUUUAAGGCAAACGGAUAAGCGGAAUGUACUUCUCUUCAUAAAAUUGUCGUGAAAAGAAAUCAAAUAAAAUUUAGAAACAUUUAAUAAA